CGCGCGCGCGCGCGCGGUGCACGUAGCGCGCGAGUGACGCAUAAUAUGUGGGCCGCUGUGGAGCCGUGGUCGCGCUGUGUGUGUGAGUGGAGAGUGAGUGCGGGACCUGAGGCUGUGUGUGUGAACUGUGGCCACUGGCGGGGUCGGGGGGGGGGGGGCAGCGGCGGAGCCGCCUCGGACGGCAAAGCCAUGACUACAGUAGUGGUACAUGUGGACUCCAAAGCUGAGCUCACUACCCUGCUGGAGCAGUGGGAAAAGGAACAUGGCAGUGGGCAGGACAUGGUACCUAUCCUUACCAGGAUGUCUCAGUUGAUUGAAAAAGAAACUGAAGAGUAUCGUAAAGGGGAUCCAGACCCAUUUGAUGAUCGACAUCCUGGUCGAGCUGAUCCAGAGUGUAUGCUGGGCCACUUGCUGAGAAUACUCUUCAAGAAUGAUGAUUUCAUGAAUGCACUGGUGAAUGCAUACGUGAUGACAAGCCGAGAGCCCCCUUUAAACACUGCAGCUUGCAGACUCCUACUAGACAUCAUGCCAGGGCUGGAAACUGCUGUUGUCUUUCAAGAAAAGGAGGGAAUUGUCGAGAAUCUUUUCAAAUGGGCCCGAGAGGCCGAUCAACCAUUGAGGACAUAUUCUACUGGACUGUUAGGAGGUGCUAUGGAAAAUCAAGACAUUGCUGCCAACUAUAGAGAUGAAAAUUCACAGCUGGUGGCAAUAGUGCUUCGAAGGCUGAGGGAGCUACAGCUACAGGAAGUGGCUUUGCGGCAGGAAAACAAGCGUCCCAGUCCACGGAAGCUCUCUUCUGAACCCCUUUUGCCUCUGGAUGAGGAGGCUGUGGAUAUGGACUAUGGUGACAUGGCUGUAGAUGUAGUGGAUGGAGACCAAGAGGAAGCUUCUGGAGACAUGGAGAUCUCCUUUCAUCUUGAUUCAGGCCACAAGACCAGUAGCAGAGUGAACUCAACAACCAAACCUGAGGAUGGAGGAUUAAAGAAAAACAAGUCAGCAAAACAGGGUGACAGAGACAACUUUAGGAAAGCCAAGCAAAAGUUGGGUUUCUCAUCUUCUGAUCCAGAUCGCAUGUUUGUUGAGCUGUCUAAUAGCAGCUGGUCAGAAAUGUCUCCCUGGGUGAUUGGCACCAAUUAUACCCUUUAUCCUAUGACUCCUGCUAUCGAGCAGCGACUUAUUCUCCAAUAUUUGACUCCUCUAGGAGAAUAUCAGGAGCUACUUCCCAUAUUCAUGCAACUUGGAUCACGGGAGCUGAUGAUGUUCUAUAUUGACCUGAAGCAAACUAAUGAUGUCCUGCUUACAUUUGAGGCACUAAAGCACCUGGCAUCUCUCCUGCUCCAUAACAAAUUUGCCACAGAAUUUGUUGCGCAUGGUGGAGUACAGAAAUUACUGGAAAUACCUCGUCCUUCUAUGGCUGCAACUGGUGUGUCUAUGUGUUUGUAUUACCUAUCCUACAAUCAGGAUGCCAUGGAAAGAGUUUGCAUGCAUCCCCACAAUGUUCUGUCUGAUGUGGUGAACUAUACUCUGUGGUUAAUGGAGUGUUCUCAUGCUUCAGGAUGCUGCCAUGCUACCAUGUUUUUUUCAAUUUGCUUCUCAUUUCGGGCUGUCUUGGAGCUCUUUGACCGCUAUGAUGGUCUUCGUCGUCUGGUGAACUUGAUCAGUACUUUGGAGAUUCUAAAUUUGGAAGAUCAGGGUGCACUUCUGAGUGAUGAUGAAAUAUUUGCUAGCCGCCAAACUGGGAAACAUACCUGCAUGGCCUUGCGCAAAUACUUUGAGGCUCACCUGGCCAUUAAAUUGGAACAAGUGAAGCAGUCACUUCAGAGGACUGAGGGUGGCAUUCUUGUCCACCCGCAACCCCCGUACAAGGCAUGCUCAUAUACUCAUGAACAGAUUGUGGAAAUGAUGGAAUUUUUGAUAGAAUAUGGCCCAGCGCAGCUAUAUUGGGAACCAGCUGAAGUCUUCCUCAAACUUUCUUGUGUGCAACUCUUGUUGCAGCUUAUUUCUAUUGCCUGCAAUUGGAAGACCUAUUAUGCAAGGAAUGACACUGUGCGCUUUGCUUUGGAUGUCCUGGCCAUUCUUACUGUGGUGCCAAAAAUCCAGCUCCAGUUGGCAGAAUCAGUGGACGUGUUGGAUGAGGCUGGAUCUACAGUCUCUACUGUAGGUAUCAGCAUUAUUUUGGGAGUGGCUGAGGGUGAGUUCUUCAUCCAUGAUGCUGAAAUUCAGAAGUCAGCACUUCAGAUUAUCAUCAAUUGUGUGUGUGGCCCGGAUAACAGAAUAUCCAGUAUUGGUAAAUUUAUCUCUGGUACUCCUCGGAGAAAGCUGCCUCAGAACCCUAAAAGCAGUGAGCACACCCUGGCCAAGAUGUGGAAUGUGGUUCAGUCCAACAACGGCAUCAAGGUGCUCCUGUCCUUACUGUCCAUUAAGAUGCCCAUCACAGAUGCAGACCAAAUCCGGGCCCUGGCCUGCAAGGCCCUGGUGGGCCUGUCUCGCAGUAGCACUGUCCGGCAGAUCAUCAGUAAACUGCCCCUUUUCAGCAGCUGCCAGAUCCAGCAGCUGAUGAAGGAGCCUGUGCUGCAGGACAAGCGCAGUGACCAUGUCAAGUUCUGCAAGUAUGCUGCUGAACUCAUUGAACGGGUAUCAGGAAAACCACUUCUCAUUGGCACUGAUGUUUCCCUAGCACGACUGCAGAAAGCAGAUGUUGUUGCCCAGUCAAGGAUCUCCUUCCCUGAGAAAGAGCUGCUUUUGUUGAUACGAAACCAUCUUAUUUCUAAAGGGCUUGGAGAAACAGCAACCGUGCUGACAAAAGAGGCUGACCUGCCCAUGACUGCUGCCUCCCAUUCUUCUGCCUUUACCCCAGUCACUGCUGCUGCUUCUCCUGUCUCUCUACCCCGAACCCCUCGUAUCGCUAAUGGCAUUGCAACUCGACUGGGCAGCCAUGCUGCCGUGGGUGCCUCUGCCCCUUCUGCCCCCACUGCUCAUCCUCAGCCACGGCCCCCCCAGGGUCCACUAGCUCUGCCCGGCCCAUCUUAUGCAGGCAACUCCCCUUUGAUUGGUAGGAUCAGUUUUAUCAGAGAGAGGCCAUCACCCUGCAAUGGCAGGAAAAUCAGAGUGUUGCGGCAGAAGUCGGACCAUGGCGCCUACAGCCAAAGCCCAGCCAUAAAAAAGCAGCUGGACAGACAUCUUCCUUCCCCACCUACGCUGGACAGUAUAAUCACAGAGUAUCUUAGAGAACAACAUGCUCGCUGCAAGAAUCCAGUUGCCACCUGCCCACCUUUCUCCCUCUUUACUCCUCACCAAUGUCCUGAGCCAAAACAGAGGCGGCAAGCGCCAAUAAACUUUACCUCAAGGCUAAACCGCAGGGCAUCAUUUCCAAAGUAUGGAGGGGUGGAUGGCGGAUGCUUUGAUAGGCACCUUAUCUUUAGCAGAUUCCGUCCUAUUUCAGUGUUCCGGGAAGCCAAUGAAGAUGAGAGUGGCUUCACCUGCUGUGCAUUCUCAGCACGGGAGCGGUUCCUGAUGCUUGGCACCUGCACAGGGCAGCUGAAGCUCUAUAAUGUGUUUAGUGGACAGGAGGAGGCCAGCUAUAACUGUCACAACUCAGCCAUCACACAUCUUGAACCUUCCAGGGAUGGGUCCUUGCUGCUGACAUCUGCUACUUGGAGCCAGCCUUUGUCUGCACUUUGGGGAAUGAAGUCAGUAUUUGAUAUGAAGCAUUCCUUCACAGAAGAUCACUAUGUUGAGUUCAGUAAGCACUCCCAGGAUCGGGUCAUUGGCACAAAAGGAGACAUUGCCCACAUUUAUGAUAUUCAGACUGGCAACAAGCUGUUGACUCUGUUUAACCCAGAUCUUGCCAACAACUACAAGAGGAACUGUGCCACCUUUAAUCCUACAGAUGAUCUUGUCUUAAAUGAUGGCGUCCUCUGGGAUGUCCGCUCUGCACAGGCCAUCCACAAGUUUGACAAGUUCAAUAUGAACAUCAGUGGUGUUUUCCAUCCGAACGGACUGGAGGUGAUCAUUAAUACUGAGAUUUGGGACCUUCGGACUUUUCAUCUUUUGCAUACUGUCCCCGCUCUGGAUCAGUGUCGCGUGGUGUUCAAUCACACGGGAACAGUGAUGUAUGGAGCUAUGUUGCAGGCAGAUGAUGAAGAUGACUUAAUGGAAGAGAGGAUGAAAAGCCCCUUUGGGUCAUCCUUCCGAACAUUUAAUGCAACUGACUACAAACCUAUAGCAACCAUUGAUGUGAAACGGAACAUCUUUGACCUGUGUACAGACACCAAAGACUGCUAUCUUGCUGUCAUUGAGAAUCAAGGCAGCAUGGAUGCCCUGAACAUGGACACAGUAUGCAGGCUGUAUGAAGUGGGCAGGCAGCGUCUGGCAGAGGAUGAGGAUGAAGAGGAGGACCAGGAAGAGGAAGAACAGGAGGAAGAAGAUGAUGAUGAAGAUGAUGAUGACACCGAUGAUUUAGAUGAGCUUGACACUGACCAGUUGCUGGAGGCGGAGUUGGAGGAGGACGACAAUAAUGAGAACGCAGGGGAAGAUGGGGACAAUGACUUCUCUCCCUCUGAUGAGGAGCUAGCAAAUCUUCUAGAGGAGGGAGAGGACGGGGAGGAUGAAGACUCUGAUGCAGAUGAGGAAGUGGAACUGAUCCUGGGGGACACUGACAGCUCUGACAACUCUGAUUUGGAAGAUGAUAUCAUCUUAUCUCUGAAUGAGUGAGGAGCCAUCACUGCUUGGAAGAGAUUCUUGGCAGUGGGGUGUGUCCCUUUUUUGCAGCUCUAGCCAGGCCAUAGAGAAGACGCCUUCCAGGAGAGGCAGGGAGAGCAUGUUCUGCCCACAUAGAGCACUCCAGGGAGGAAAGUAUCUUAUACUCACAGUGUCUGCCCCUGCCCUGUAGCUCUCUCAUGGGGAGGGCCUGUUUUUGUAAGGGUAAUGUGGAGAGAGGAGAGGUCAGGGCUUUGUCCCCUGUGGACGCAGCUCUCUGUUCUCAUGUUCUGGAUCCAGCAGGCUGCUCCCAAGUACAGAUUUGGUGGAACUCGAAAGGGAGGUAUUCUGGGAAGUUUUGGAGGAUGGAGUUGGCAAAGCUAAGGAGUGAAAGCAUUUUGGCCGUCUAUGUAGCUGGGGCAAUGGCCACUAAUGUUUUCUGAAAGGGAUUGUGACAGUGGACUUGAGCAUCCUGGCAGGUUAGGGGUAGUGGAGCUUGGUCUGCAUUUGUAGAAAGAUACUUCAGAGGCCCCUAAAAUUGGCCUGUGGUUAAAAUGUGUAACCGCCAGGCAAAGUACCAGGGAUUUCCACCUUUUCACUCACCCACCCCACCCUGUUUUCCUUCCCACAAUAAAUAGAAGACCAUAGUCUCUUUCUUCCUUUGAUUUUGCCCACAUAACAGCAGCUCAGUUUGUUACAUAGGUAUUAUCCAGCUAAAGUGACUUCUCUCCCUUAACAGAGAAGAGGGAACAAAUUUGGUUGUGAAGUAAACAAGAAAACACAAGAUGGCUAAAACUCUCCAAGGGCAGGUAAAGCCCUGCUGGGCUCAGAAGCACUAUAGAAUUUGCUGUACAUACUGAAGUGGGUCUGUGUCACACAGGUAUUUCUUAGUCCUCUGGAGAGCAGAGAACUCACUCAGCUCUUCUGCUUCAUGCCUCACUUUAAUGGUAGUUAACACUUAACCAGUGGAAUAGUCUGACUGCUGGUACUGAUGGCAUCAGAAGAAAACAGGUUAACAAUCAAGAAGUAGUGAAAGCACUAUGUUCUAGUCAUUAACUCAACGGAGCCAGUCUCAACUCUGCUGGGAGCACCCACAGGUCUCUAAGGGGGAGAAAGGGACUAUAAUAGGAAGGCAGAAUUCAGGUUGGCUUGGCAACACACCCUCAGGAACAUGUGCUAAGGGGCUAAGGAAGCAUCAGCUGUCUUCCUUAUUCUACCAGGGCUGAAAAUUGGAGUCACUUAGGAGGCAGCAUGAGAACAGUGGCACACCACCAGUGAGGCAGAUGUUGCCUUCUUGUCUUUAAGCAACACGUUAGACAAGGCCUGAAGCCCGGGUGGGGGCACUGGAUGCCUGAAGUAAGAGUUUCCUCACUGAGGCAGUCUCAUAAAAUCACCAGGACAUUGACCACCUGACCGCCCCUAACUAGUGCUGGCCAAGGCCUGAGAGUUCACAGAACCUGCUAGGUCUUAAGAGCGAAAGGAAGGAAGUGGUUGAGGGCCAGGAAAGAGAAGGAAUGCCAUGCCAGGGUGUUACUCCUCACCAAAACUUACUUACUUGGCAGUUCUUUUUGGGGCCAUGGGACACCUUUCUCUGAAGAGGGGUUGGAUAAGGCAAAGGUUGAAGUGUCUUCAGGCACGUUUUCUAGCAUGUUUCCUUUUACUUGGUUCUGUCUCAGAAAGCUGGGAGGUAGAUUCUUCCGGGUCCUGAGUACCUGCUUCAUGAAGGAAGAUGAUUGAUAGGCAGCCCAGAGUUUUGGACUUACAUACCAAGGCAGCUCUGGCCUGUUACUCAGGCGUUUGUUGGAGAGCUGCAGGAAAAACACUGCAGUGUGCCUUCAACAAGACCCACUCCUGUUUCUGGCGGUACCAGCUACCCUGGAAUGGUGGCGUGUCCUGCUGUACCCAACUGACUGACUUGCUUAGGUACCUGGCAGCUGUGACCACAGCUCAAGUAAAAACAGGCAAAUAAACAUGCUUAACAUGUC